UUAAAGAGCGUCUUUAACUAUCACAACACGAGUACACGUUGGUUUACCCUGUCGCAUUUGAAUUCUGGGGAAAAGGUUCUUUCUUUAAUUAUUUAUUAAUUCAAUUGUGUGUUGAUAUUAUUUAGUCUGUAAUACAAACACGGCCUGGCGGCAAGAAACUGUCAGUCGAUUGACAGAAAUUAAAUUGGGAUUAAAAUGGUCAUCAGGGUUUACAUCGCCUCAUCCAGUGGAUCUCUCGCGGUAAAAAAGCAUCAGCAGGCGGUGGUGGGCUUCCUGGAAGCAAAUCGAAUCAACUUCCAGGAAGUAGACAUCACCAUGCAGGAGGAACAGAGACUUUGGAUGUACCGCAACAUCCCCAAGGAUAAGCAACCAGAGAGGGGCAACCCACUUCCUCCACAGAUCUUCAAUGAGGAUCAUUACUGCGGUGACUAUGAAGACUUUUUUCAGUCAAAGGAGAACAACACAGUGUCUGAAUUCCUUAGACUCACUUGUCAUCAGACAAAAACAGAUUCAGCCUCUUAGAUCAAGUGGAUAAUUUGUAUUUGCCUGGAAACCUCAAAACCCCUAUCACUUUCUGUUCCUUAUUCUUUGGACAACUUCAGCAUUUUUUCUACCCAUUUUUGCUCGCUGAUGCUGCCAGGACCUUUUCUGAAUUCACUUAUUUUUCUCAAGUGUUUUGCUUUAAAGACUGAAACUAAGGAGGAUCCCCUUCACGGUGGCGGUUGCCUAUAAACACUGACAAACGCUGUGACCAUAAACACUUGCUUUCUGCACACAGUUUGUAGAAAAUAUGAAAAAAAGCUUGUUGCAGCAGCUUUUUUGCUUCACUGCCCUUUAGAUGCUGAUAAAUAAGUGGUGGGAGAUAUAAUUGGGUGCAGCGCAUCACGCCUGAUUACACAAUUGCUUGUUUGCAUUCAGUUUCCACCAUGAUUGUUAGGUUUCUGAGGAUUCACCUCAGUUUGCGGUUUUGAUGGUAGCUGUUGGGCAAAAGACCACCUGACAAAAUGAAAGGAGCCGAUACUUUUGCCAUUAUGCUUGACUGCAAAACUAUAAAUCUAACACUAAGAAUCAAUUAUGAACAGAAUUGCCAGCUUUCACCCUUAAUUUGCAGCAAAAAGCAGUCUGACAGUAUGUAUUUUUCAAUGCAGAAACAGUUUUAGCUUCACCAAAACGAACUGCAUAAACUUGACCUACAGUUUCUGUUUAUCACAUGAUUUUCUGUGAUGGAAUGCCAGGCUUUUUAUUAAAGAAUUAGUUACCAUCUGGAUCAGAGGCUACAGCUCAUUCCAUGGUGCUGUUAUAUGUUUCAUCUGUACUGAAAAUUCAUUUUUUCUGUUUUGCCAAAUAUAAAAAAUGAUCACAUGACAAAGAUAUGCGCUGGCUGCCAUGUUUAGAUUCUAGAAGAACAAAAAAGCAGGUGUAAGUUCUUUGAACUUCUUAGUUUUCUUUAUUCCAAUGUGAACGUUAUUGCUAUUUUUGCUCAUUUGACUUCUUCAUUGUUGUUCGGCUAAGAGAACAUUUUAUUUUAAGCAUUUUGCUUGUAAACCUUAAACAACAAUGGAUUUUUUUUAAUACUUUUUUUUUUAAAUCAAGUUUUUGUUUUAUACAUUUUUCUUUUUUGUUGUAAAAGACUUGUGAAAAUUGCAAUAUGUGUCAUAUCUCUGUAUUAGUCUAUUUUGUGUUGUUUUGACCAAUGAGAAACAUGUUCGGAAUACCCAUUGUAAUCAAAGCAACGUUUGACAAGGACUGUCUAGUGAUUCAUUAAAAAUAACUGGUUUGGUGAGGAGCAAAAGAGAACCACCAAAUAAAAAGGUACUGAAGUAUAUUUUUCAUAAUAAACUUAUUCCAAAGCUAAA